CAGCUCCUGACCACGGGCAAGCUCAGGACUGGCACCCAACUGGGCACCCAGCCUGGCAGAGAUGUGCCAGCCCCAGGCAGUGCCAGCCCUGCUGCUCCUGCUCUGCUGCCCCUGGGCCAGUGCCAGUGCUCUGCAGGCUCAGAUUGUGGGGGGCCACGAGGCGCGGCCCCACUCGCACCCGUACAUGGCCUUCCUGAAGAUAGCAGAGCUGGGGGGCUGUGGGGGCUUCCUGGUGGCCCCAGACUGGGUGAUGUCAGCUGCACACUGCAUGGGGAAUAUCACGGUCAUCCUGGGGGCUCACAACAUCCACGAACCAGAAAAAACCCAGCAGGUCCGGGGAGUCCUCAAGUACCACGAGCACCCUGAAUACAACCCCAGCACGACUCAAAACGACAUCAUGCUGCUGCAGCUGACAUCAAAGGCCACUCUCAAUGAGUACGUGCAGCCCAUCCCCCUGCCCAGGACAGGCAGCGACCUCCCCACGGGCACCAAGUGCAUGAUUGCAGGCUGGGGUCUGAUCGACGAGGACAAGGCCACCAACAAGCUCUUUGAGACCCAAGUCUCCAUCUACAGCCGCAGGAAAUGCACCCUCUUCUACCCACACCUGGAUUCUGGCAUGGUCUGUGCAGGCAGCUUCCACCAGCUGAAGGAUUCCAGCCAGGGAGACUCAGGCGGGCCCCUGGUGUGUAACAAAGUGGCACAAGGCAUUGUUUCCUUUGGCUACGACUCCCCACCCGGGGUCUACACCCGCAUCUCCAACUACCUGCCCUGGAUCAAAAAAGUCAUGAAGAAGUAGUGGCAGUGCCAGUGGCAGCACUUUCUCCAGCUCUGGUGUGGCCCUGGACACUGCAAGAGCUUCCUUCCUGCCCCUGCUGAAGGCUCAACUCCCUCCUGUCUCCUCGGGAACCCAAGAGACUUGGUCAGUGCUCUUGAGAGUGCCCUUUGCUCUGCUCGGGGCUGCUGCCUGUCCCUCCUGUCCCAGGGCUCUGCUAAACCCCCCUGGCAGGAGCAGGGAUGGCCCCAGACGGCACAAAAAGAGGCUGUGCCACAAGAAACCUCACUUCCUUCAGAGAUAACCCUGUUCCUGCUUGAACCUUGUUGCACUUCGAGUAAACUCAAAGCUGCCCCUCC